UAACACAUGACUGACCUCAAAAAGGGCUUUAACAUUGCCCGAAUGGAGGAGCCCGGUGUUUUGAGGACACAGCGAGGACACAGCGAUAAAACAAUACAAUAAUUGUAAACAUUGUACCCCAAGCCUGGGACUAGGACUACGACUAGGACUAGGACUGGGACUGGAAAGCACGGACUGAAACCUUGCACAUCAGGAGCUCUGUGCAAAAAUGUGAGCAAUUAGAAAAAAAUAAAUUUGUUAAAUUAAAAGAAAUUUGUUCCACGGUGGUCGUAAAGGACAUUAACCAGAGAGUCCAGACCUGCGUGUGCGCUGUAGCCCAGCAGAGGCUGGGGGCUGGGUUCACGCUCACCUGCCGUGACGCAGAGCGAGGAAAGAGAGGGAGAGAUUGUAGCAGGACAGGCGGAGCAGCAGCACUUCUGAGGAGCUAACUAGAAAACGACUCGCCGAAAGCGCAUGGAAGACGAGUUUCUGGACCUCUGAACACACACCUGCUCGUGUGACUGCGGUUUACAGAUUGCAACAAUGCCGGUCCCUGCUGUCCACUGACAGCCGCAAGCGGAUGUUCCCUGCAUAGCAGAAAGACCUUCAAGUCUUCCUUUCUAGCGAAACUUCAACAGGCCCACCAUGUCUCACAGGCAGUCUCAGGGAUCCAUGGGGGACAAGUCUCCCCUCCUAUUGGAGAACACGUUUUCCUCUCAGCUUCAGCUAGACCAGCAGUCUGGACGAUCAUCUUCAAACACAGACCUUUCCCAGCCCGAGGAGGCCAAACGGACCCCCGUUGUGCUCAGCACCCAAAGUGAAGCAGCUCGGAAGCGGGGCAUCCAGCAACUCAUCCCCAAGAACCUGGCAGUGAGCAGCCGUCCCAAGAACCGUCACCACACCACAGUAGUCACCAUGCCUGUCGUUCUGGAGGCCCAGAAGAACAUCCAGCGAUUCUCCCUCGCCCCAGACAUCUCCUGGGAGGACUACGACAGCGAUGAAGGUGAUGGCUUCUCCAUGCGCAGGAACCGUAGGAACAUGUCAUACAGAGCUGCGGUCACCAGCCUCGACAGGGACAUCUCCAACAAACAGGACCUGCUGCAGCCAGUCGCUGAGGAGAGGGCACCCAGCCCAAAGCCAGCUUCCAGCCCAGGACGCAAGAGAACCUUGGGGAGGAAGAGGAACCAGAAGCACAGAGGAUCCUUUAAAGAUGAACCGAGGUUCUACCAGGAGAUUAAAGAGCGAGGCCUGCAGUCCAACGCUCUAAGCGCAGAUGAUGAUGACUUCACCCAAGUGCCAGAGGAGGACCAAGGGAUUGUGGUGAAGAACUACAAAGAGGCAUACAUGACCUGGAGCCAGCUCCCUAAGGUGCAGGAGAAGGGCAUCUUGGAGAAAAUCACUCCUGAAGAGCGUAAGAGGCAAGAGGCCAUGUUUGAGAUUAUGACAUCUGAGUACUCCUAUCAGCACAGCUUGAGCAUCCUGGUGUGGCAUUUUAAAGGCAGCGAAGCCUUGAGGAAGACCAUGACCACGACUGAGCAUCAUCACCUUUUCUCCAAUAUCUCCGUCAUUCAACAAAUCAGCAAAAGGUUUUUUGAUGAUCUUGAGAGGCGUCACCAAUUAAACCCUGUCAUUCAGGACAUCAGCGACAUUGUACAGGAUCACGCUACCAACCACUUUGAGCCAUAUAUCGUCUAUUGCUCUAACGAAACCUUCCAGCAGAGGACGCUACAGAAGCUACUAGCGAGCAACACUGCCUUUAAGGAGGUGCUGAAACAGAUUGAGUGCAGUCCUGAAUGUGGAGGAUUACCCAUGAUCUCGUUCCUCAUUCUGCCCAUGCAGAGGGUCACCCGCCUGCCUCUGCUGAUGGAUACUAUCUGUCAGAAGACCACCAAACAGACACCUGAAUACUAUGCAGCUCGCUGGGCGCUGAAGGCCAUCAGCAAGCUGGUGAAAAGCUGUAAUGACGGAGCCCGGAGGAUGGAGCGCACUGAGCAGAUGUACACCAUCCAGAAACAGAUGGAGUUUGGGAAGAUCAAGCCGUUCCCGUUGGUCUCGUCCUCUCGCUGGCUGCUGAAGAGAGGUGAGCUGGCCAUAUGCCUGGAGGAGCUGAGCAUCUUCUGGAAGGCUUUCAGCCACAAGAGCUAUUACCUGUUUCUCUUCAAUGACGUGCUUAUCGUCACUAGGAAAAAAAGCGAGGAGAGCUAUGUGGUGUGUGACUACGCCACUCUGGAGAAUGUGGAGGUAGAGGAAGCGCAGGUUGACUCUAAGCUGUACCUGCGGAUGGCCAUGAAUCCCAACAGCGAGGGGCGCUGUGAGCAGAUGGCAUUAGUGGCUGAAAACAAGCUGGACAGAGCUCGCUGGGUCACGGCUCUGCAGAGUCACAAGGAAACGUGGAGUAUCAUUAACAAAGAUGAUCUGCCUCAGUACGAGGCCACUAAAGCUUAUAUGCCCAAAGAGCCGGACGAGCUGAGCCUCCAGCAGGCUGAAGUAGUCAUCGUUCUGCAGGAAGUGGAUGGUUGGUGCUAUGGGGAGCGAAUGAGGGAUGGUGAAAGAGGCUGGUUUCCAGCCAGCUGUGCCACACAAAUCACCAACCGCACUGCUCUGGAGUCCAACAUUCAGCGCAUGGAGCGACUUCGCAAAGAGACCAACGUCUGAUAAGACUUUGAAACUACAUGUUGCUUUCCCACCAAAGGACUGCAUGUGUCAGCUACUUCAGAAAGGGUGGGGAUUUUAUAGAUUGAGCUUGUGACUUUAUAGUGUGAAUGAAUUAUCCAGUUCUCUGCACAACUAAAUGAAUUCCGAGUAGAGACUGAACGCCCCCCAAACAAAAAACAAACAAACAACAACAACAAAAAAAACUCAUGGAGAAACUUCGUCUUUGUCUUUUAUUUUGAGCUUGCCUUUUGUUAAAAUUCAUGUCUGGAUACAUAAAAAGUUAUUUAAAAAUGUCAAACUGACCAGAUAUCAAAUUACUUCUUUUAAAAACCAUUUGGUGUAAAAACUUAAGA